UAUCUGAAUUUCAGAAAAGACUCCCAUCGUAGAGUGAACCGCCCUCCAUCCGCCCAAUACAGUACGUUUGGUGAAUUAGUACGAACAAGUGCGCCAUCUGGAUUACAAUGCGCCUUGUUCUGCGGUGGGUCUCGAUGCAAGUAUGAACUACCUUCAAAGCGAUCAUCGGCGAUACAAGGACUUUACUCAGACUGGGUCACCGUAGACAUUCUGGCGAUGGCGCGUCCCAGCACAAUGAGCAUCGCUGCUAGAAACAUUAUUCAACAAUUUCACAGUUGGGGUGUUCGCACUGUGAUAAACUUACAAAUGCCUGGAGAACAUGCCAGUUGCGGUCCUCCACUCACGAAAUCUGGUUUCACCUAUGACCCUGUGAUUUUCAUGGCGAACGACAUAUACUACUAUAACUUCGGCUGGCCAGACUAUGGAGAAGCAAGUCUUUGCGGUCUACUUGAUAUGGCGAAGGUCCUGUCCUUUGCGUUACAAGAAGGCAGAGUGGCUAUACAUUGUCAUGCUGGUCUUGGACGUACCGGGGUGCUGAUAGCUUGCUACUUGGUGUAUUCGUUACGAAUACGGGCAAACGAUGCAAUACGAUUAGUUCGCAAGAAACGUCCUAAAUCCAUUCAAACCAGCGGUCAGAUACUAUGUGUUCAGCAGUUUGAGCAUUACAUCUUGCCCCAGACCGUGGUAUUCAGCUCCAAAGAACCUCUUAUGUUAUCUAAAGAUCCAAAAACAUGUGAGUUUACCCUACGACAAUACUUGUAUAGACAACGAGCUACUUUACACGGCUUGGACGAGAGAGUAUUCAGAGAACUACCUAAGAUAGUGUUUUGUAUUUGCGAGCGCCUAUUAAAAUUAUGCGGGUGUCGAGACAGCGGUGGACUGGAUUAUCGCGUUAAAAAUAGAGCCUUUUACAAAAUGUUCUUAUCGUAUAAACUGAAACAAGGAAAGCCUCCCGAUAUGACAACUCCAGAUGAAUAUAUCAAUGGAGACAAACCUCCAGCCCUCCCAAUGAUAGAAUGGAGGGAUCCGGUAGAAGAAGACGUGGAAAGAAACCUGGAGUCUGUUAGCAGAUUUACCAGCUCCAGCAAUAUACCUGCUGUACAAGUGUACGAGGCAUUUUUAAGUGAUCAUCAAAAUCUUCCACAGGAGAAACAAAAAUACAUAAAACAAUUAAGAAUUGAAAUUAAUCAGAGAAGAGAAGCCAUGAGUAAAAUUGAUGAAGAGGAAGAUCCUAACAUAUUGUCAGCACUGUUAUUCGAAUGGUUAGAAGGUUUGAAACAGCCAGUACUAGAUAAGGAAGAUCUAUCUAACAUAGUCUGUCGCUCCACCAAUGUCAACUCAUGUAUUAUGGCUUUACAAAUGGAAGAUAUCAUCCUAGUCGAGUAUUUACUACGCUUCGUGGUACGAUUGCGCCCUCUUGUGGCACUCAAGAAAGUCGAUAUUUUAAAAAGAUUACUUGCAUCUUUAACACAUCAAACAACUAAAAUUAAUGGGAAAUUGUUACCCAAUAAAUGUUUUCCUAGACUCAGAGAUGGGACAGGCAGCCAUAUCAUUAAUUUUAUGCUAAGAAUGGUUGUUGAAAUACAGCAAGACAUCGCAAAACCAAGUCGCGAAGAGUCAGAUGUUGUGAUAGCCCCAAGAAGAUUGAAAAUAAAAGCAUGGACAUAAAACUAGUUUUUUUUACUAAUAGAAUAAAGAAUUAUUAUUUUUAAUUAUGUCAAAAGCUAUUAAAUUCUUUUCGGUAAAAUUUUAAAUGUAUAGAAAACCGCUGUUUUAAGUCUUAAUUGUGACCAAAUUAUAAAUAAAUUAUUUUAAA